GUGUGUUGUCCAGCAAUGUCCAGUCCCAGGAAGUAUCAUCCACCCCAGACCCUCAGCCUCUACCUCAGCCACAACCGGAAACUGAGCCGUCAGUGCGGCAAAAUGACCGGUACCACCAGUUCAUCGCUUCCUACAACGCCAUGCUCGCUAAUGAGUCGAUGGAAGUAGAAGAAGAGGAAGAGGAAGAAGAGCGAGAACUGGACAGAGCAUGGCUCACCAUCAACUCAACUGUCAACUUCGAAAUACAAAUUUGGGCGCAAUCUGACGAGUGCUACAAGUGCGACUUGAUGCUCAUCACAACAAUCCCCGGAGACAGAGCUUCCAGUAUUAUGGUCAACGCGUCCUUCCCGACUGACCUACGCCUGGUCAGGGUACAUCCAGGAGGACUCCAAGAGCAGCUAUGCAGUUUCCAUGAGACAUUCCGCGAAAAGGGAGACUACUGGGUGUUUGUGGAGUACCCUGCCCCUGCUGAGGCCACCAAGUGUAUCUUCAUUCUCGCCAACGACCCCGACAUCCCUGAGCUGGCUAUCCUGUACGUAUUGAUCGGAUUGUUUGGUUUGGCUAUUCUGUAUGUCAUUGGAAAGAGACUGUACUACUAUGCCAGAAAGAGUUCAGGCCAUAAAAGAAACAGCAUGGACCUCAACACCGACCACGAUGGCGCUAAUUCUUUGCGCAUGAGUAAUGGAAAAGGACACAACGAUGACCCUGAAAAUGCGACAAAAGGAGAAGGAGAAGAGCCGAAAAAGAAGACCCGCCUACGUUCCUUGGACACCUUUCGUGGGUUCACGCUCAUGUUGAUGAUCUUCGUGAACUAUGGCGGAGGAGGAUACUGGUUCUUUGAGCACGCGCCCUGGAACGGCGUUCAUGUGGCUGACCUUGUCUUCCCCUGGUUUGUAUUCAUUAUGGGAGCGUCCAUGAACUUUUCCUUCAAGAGCAUGUUCAACAAAGGCUGGAGCGUGCCAAGGAUCACAUGGAGAAUUGUGUAUCGUUCCGCCAAGAUCUUCGUCGUGGGAUUUGUACUGGCCACUCACCACUACGUCGCCGACCUGCCCACGGUGAGGGUGAUGGGGGUGCUGCAGCGUCUGGCCUUGACCUACCUCAUCUCCUCUCUCAUCCACUUCUGUUGCUCAAGGAAGUUUGACUCACAUCAGUGGCUACGUGGGCCCAGGAGGUCUGAGUGAGGGCGGGGUGGCUGCCAACUGUACAGGUGGAGCUACCCAGUAUGUGGACGCCGUCAUCUUGGGAGAGGAACAUAUGUACCGAUGGCCCACACCAAUGGUCAUCUACCAGACGACAAUACCUUUUGACCCUGAGGGAAUUUUGGGAACUCUCAACUGCGUAUUCCUCUGCUUUUUGGGAAUUCAGUUUGGGCGCAUUGUGUUGCUUUAUCAGGAACAUAAGCAAAGGAUCAUCCGCUUUAUUGUCUGGGCUGUUGUGUUGGGCGCCCUCGGUGCUUUAUUGACAAAAUGCAGCCAAAAUGAAGGCUGGAUACCAGCCAACAAAAACAUCUGGUCCUUGUCAUAUUCCCUGAUCACUGGUGCCUUUGCCUACGUACUUCUGUCUGCUAUGUACGUGGUCGUGGAUGUUUGGGGCAUCUGGCACGGACAACCUUUCAUUUACAUGGGAAUGAACAGCAUCGUGAUCUACUUCUGCCACAGCGCCUUCUACAAACAGUUCCCGGUCAGCUGGGUGGUCGGGGAGGAGCACUGGAAACUGCUUCUUCUCUGUACCUGGAGCACGGCCGUCUGGGUCAUGUUUGGCUACUGGCUCUUCUACAAGAAAAUUUUCAUUGCUCUCUAAUUUCAUAUAUCACUUACCCUUAGGGAACACCGAGGCCCCCAUGCACGAAUAAGAAAGCCCAUUAUAGUUAUCUUACUUUGAGAAGCAUCGUUUUAAAUUUAAAUACUGAAGAAAAGCUUUAAAGAAUAAUAAAAUAAAAAUUACAAAUUUUAGCAAAGCUAACAAACCAAAUUUAAUCCGGUUCACAAGCGAAAUAUUCGCAUUGUAAGACAGGUAAAAUUCCGUGGUAUUCUUGUCGUUGUAUAGAGGAAAAUUAAGUUUUGUAUUUGGGUACAAUUGACUGAGAGAAUUAUUCCGCCAAAGGAAUAAGUCCUGAAGGGCAUUCCAGUUCUUACAUGGGGAGAAAGACCCGAGAAACUGAAUAAGUCAGCUGUCUCUUUAUGGGCACCGAAUUUUUUCACUUUAAUCUGGUUUGUGUUCCUUCUGAGUACCAUAUUUAUUUAUUAGUUUAAAAUUGUCUUUUCAGUCAUCUUAUCAAAUGUAAUUAUUCAGUUGCUACCCGUUGUUGUCACUUUUUCAAAAAUACAUAACAAAAACAAUAACAAACAGUUUUUGCUUUUCAACACACCCUGUAUAAGAUGUAUUGAUGCUGUCAUCUGUCUGAUUCAUGCACAACAUAUUAUUUUCAUUUAUUUUCUUUAUAGACUUGAAAUGACUCCACAAACACUGCGGCGGGGAUAAGGCAUCUCUACCGCCAGCUUCAGUUAUUUCUGAAUUCAUCUUGUCAUCACUGCAGUGUAUAUAGUAUAUAUUAUUAUAUUCAUUCAUAAAAUAGACCUUAAAAAGUAGUCUAUUGAAAAUCAGUGUACAAAGUAAUUUGUGCAUCGAAGCCCAUAUAAAUUGUAGAUGUUCAAUUCUAAUUGACAUACCAAAUAAACACGGAUAUAUCACUAAUUACUCCUUAUAUAACAUGUGAUGUAAAUGAUUUAAGGUAGAAAAUGAAUGUUGGUGGUAUCUUUUUUAAAAUUUGUGUACGCAGAAGUAGCAAGGUAAUGGUCUCUGUGAUUAAUUUUUAAAAAAUGUAUUAAUCGUUUGAAAUUCAGGAAACUAAUCUUAUAAUGUGAUGUAGAGUUUGUUUGAUAAAGUGCGACAUGUCGUUUCCGGAUGGAAUGCAGUUACAGUAUGUUCAUAAGUGAUAAUGGUAAAGAAGAAUGGUAAGUUCUGCUGUGACUGAUAGUGAUAGGUGAGAAUGUAGGAGCGGACAAAUAAAGACAAUCUUUCUGCAUGCCAUUUGAUGAGUGAAACCGAUUGUGUUGUAUAUUAUGUGGUACCACUUGCUGUCUCAUCAAAGGAAAGCCUUGUAUAUGUGUAUUGUAUCUACCGUUUUUAGCGCCAGGACUAUUACGACACAUAUACUCAUACCAUACAGAUUUUUUUACGAGGAUACAUUAAAUAGAUCUAAGCUUACAUGUAGAAGAUACACUUUUAACGUUUGUGUGAAUCAGUUUUUGGGGGAAACGUUGAUGAAAAUUUUGAAGAGCUUGAUCAUCUUCAAUACCUACCACUUAGCUGAGUAAGGUAGGCAUCAAGAGCAGGGAAGGGAGCUCAAAACAUACUUUAUUAUUGCAAAGAGUUUGUUGUAAAUAGUUCAACAGGUCGUGACAGGGAGUGACGUGUUCAUAAAUAAUCAUUUCAAGGGUGAUAAAUUCUAAUGGUAAAGAAAUAUGGGGAGGAAAUAUGCUAAGUUUUACUGCCUUUGAUGGAUACCUACCACUUACCCGAGUAAGGUAGGCAUCAAGAGCAGGGAAGGGAGCUCAAAACAUACUUUAUUGUUGCAAAGAGUUUGUUGUAAAUAGUUCAACAGGUCGUGACAGGGAGUUACGUGUGGUAGAGACGAUUUUUUUGUAGAGGUUUUACGGCGCUCGCUACUGCAUAAAGUCAUAUGAGCGGCAGAAGAUUAGAGCUGUUACAAGAGAGUAACAGACAUAAAAAAGAAGAAGGGAAGAUAAAGACGAUAGAUGUUUGAUAGGAAAGAAGAAGCAAACCACACCAGAGCACCAGCCAACCACCCACGAGACGAUUUUAAGGCAUGCCAUUUGAUCAAUGUAACCGAGUAUGCUGUUCCUGUGUGACUGUUCGCUAUCCCAAACAGUGUAGGGCCUAGUUGAAGCCGAUUAUGUUUUGUAUGUUUUAUCGUACCCUUUCCAGCACCAAGACUGCUGUGACACAUCAACUCAUAUCGUAAUUAUAGUAGAUUUUGUUACAAGGAUACUCGCAGAUCUGCAGAUACACACUUAAAAUAAAAUUCAUGUACAUCAAACUUUA